ACUAUCUUACACACAAUCCCCUCAACCUCAACAACUCUAACACCAUCAUGGUACAAUCAAGGAAGUUCAGAGGUGUCAGGCAGCGUCAUUGGGGUUCAUGGGUAUCCGAAAUUCGCCACCCACUUCUGAAGAGAAGGGUGUGGCUAGGAACAUUUGAAACAGCAGAAGAAGCAGCUCGAGCUUAUGAUCAAGCUGCAAUUUUGAUGAGUGGUCGAAAUGCCAAAACCAAUUUCCCAAUAACUCAAACCCCAGAAGGUGACCCAAAGAGCAGUACCAGCGAGGACACACCCUCCUCCACCUCGAAGGAUCUGGAAGAAAUCCUACACGCAAAGCUUAGAAAAUGUGGCAAGGUACCUUCCCCUUCCAUGACAUGUUUGAGGCUCGACACAGAGAACUCUCACAUUGGUGUGUGGCAAAAGCGUGCUGGGCAGCGUUCUGAUUCACACUGGGUGAUGACUGUUCAGCUGGGAAAAAAGAGUACCAAUGAGGCUGAAGAUAAUAAUAGUUCCCUGCCUUCGUCUGUUGAGCAGUUCCCAUCAUCCACAGUAACUGGUCAAGAACUUGUGAGAUCAGAGAUUGAUGAGGAGGACAGAAUUGCCCUCCAAAUGAUAGAGGAACUCCUUAUUAACGACAGGAGCUGUCCUAGCCCCUCAUUUAACAAUAUACAACAAGGGGAUGAUGACAGCUUUUUUCUUUAAGGCUCUUUCCUUAUUAUUAUGGUAUUCACGUGUCAUAUAUCUCUAAUUACGUAUAUGUUUCGAGCACAUUCCAAUUUAGAAGACUGCAAAAGAAAAUAAAAAGAAAUGUAUACAAUUACUUUCAAAGUUCAUAGAAAGUACUGUCGCUACUACUGUCUGCUUAA